AUGUUAGCCUUCCUCGACGGCCUUUAUCCCGAAGGCUACACCCACGCCCCAGGUUUUCAUGAGGGCAAUCAGGGCCGAGCUAACGCCUGUAAGCCGGUGGAGUUCUUCCGAAACUGCACGCGUGUAAACUUGAAAAACAACCGCACGCCUGAAGAAGAGGCAAAAGGAGAGCCUUGGCGCAACAUCUCCUACAGCAUGUACGGCUCGAUGGAGGGUGAUGGACCUGAUUUCACCGAAACGCUCGACAUCUGCGUGGAUGGAGAAGACUUGCGGUUGAAGCCCGAUGGCAAG